AUGGAUCACAUCAAAUUACUAGAAUCAUGCAAGGACCUUGCUGCUGUGAGACACGCCGAGUCUCGCAUUCCCACCAUCACGAGAGACUUGCACGUCUCAAACAAGCUCAUCCAACUCUACGGCAGAUAUGGCGGCAUCCGGGAGGCCCGGGCAACCUUCGACGCCCUGUACCGUACGGACUCUUUCUCGUGGAACGCUCUUCUCUCGGCCUAUGCCCGCAAUGCCCAGCUCGAGGAAGCCAGGCGCGUGUUUGAUUCCAUGCCCCAACGCAGCCUCAUUUCGUGGACCACCAUUGUGUCGGCAUAUACCACGGCUGGGUAUCUGGAGCAAGCGCGUGCCGCGUUUGAUUCCAUGCCUGCUAGAGACAGGGUGACGUGGACGUGCAUGAUUUCUUCGUAUGCUAGGAACGGUCACGUCGACGAGGCUAGGUGUAUAUUCCAUGAUAUGCCAGAAAAGGAUCUCGUCGCUUGGAAUGCCAUUCUUUCUGCAAAUGCCCAAAACGGGCAUUUGGAAGACUCACGGGAUGUGUUUGAGGGCAUGCCUCUCCGGGAUCUUGUGUCUUGGAAUGCGACGCUGGCUGCGCACGCACAAAAUCGAGAUCACGUUAGAGCCAAAGAGAUUUUCUUUGAUGAGAUGCCGGAGUGGGAUCUUGUUUCUUGGAACAGUGUCUUAUCGGCACUGGCUCACGCUGGAGAUCUUACGAACUCGAAAUGGGUGUUUGAUUCAAUGCCUGAGAGAGAUAUCGUUUCCUGGAAUACAAUUCUCUCUGGGAUGAGCAGUCAGAAAGGACUGCUAGACCAAACCAAACAUGUCUUUGACAACAUGCCACAACGAGCUAUUGUGUCUUGGAACUCGAUGCUGGCUACGUGUGCCCAGCAUGGCAGGGUCGAAGAAAUGAAAAGCAUCUUUGAUGAGAUGCCACAGCAGGAUCAAGGAUCGUGGAACACACUGCUAAUUGGUUAUGCCCAGAAUGGGCAUAUGCCUGAAGCGCAGAAAAUUCUUCACUGCCUUAUACCUCAACGAAAUCUUGUGACAUGGAACGUCGUUUUAAAUGGAUUUGUUCAAGCUGGAAGUUUAGUUGAUGCAGAGAAAACUUUCCAAGCAAUGAAAUUCCUUGAUAAUAUCUCUUUUAAUGCUAUACUAACAGCAUAUAUCGAAGCUGGGCAUAUAGAAAAUGCCGAGCUUGUCUUUUCUUCCAUGCCUGAGAAAGAACUAAUUUCUUGGAGUAUCAUGCUAUCUGGUUAUGCUGAACAUGGGUAUUUGGAGAAAGCUAAAUCAGUUUUCUUGAAGAUGCCUGAGUGGAAUGUUGUGUCGUGGAAUUCUAUAAUGUCUGCAUUUGCGAGGCAUGGGCAUUUAGACGAGGCCGAGAGAGUUUUCAACGAGAUGCCAGAGAGAGAUUUGGUAUCCUGGAAUACGAUGCUAGCUCCAUAUUCUCAAAACGGGAAUAUUACAGGAGCAAAGAAGUUGUUUGACGAGCUCCCAAUGAGGGAUUUGGUGUCUUGGAACGUAAUGCUAACUGCAUAUUCUCAAGAUGGGCAUAUUUCGAAGACAUUAUGGGUGUUUAAAGAGAUGCCAGAGAUGAGCUUGGUGUCCUGGAAUGCCCUUCUAGCUGCCUACGCCCAGAAUGCCGAUCUUGAAAAGGCUAAAGAAAUCUUUGCUGUGAUGCCCGAGCACAAUGUUGCGUCUUGGAACUCAAUACUUUUGAUAUAUGGGAACGCUUGUGAAGUCAAACAAUCAAGAGAGACAUUUGAUGCCAUGCCUCAGCACAACGUUGCGUCGUGGACUGCAAUGCUUUCGAUCUAUGGCCAGAAUGGGGACCUUGAAAACGCAAGGAGUUGUUUUGGAUGUAUGCCUGACAAGGAUCUGGUGGCAUGGACUGCAAUGCUGGUUGCCUUUACGCACAAUGGGCAUCUCCAAGACGCGCAGGAGAUGUUUGAUGCCAUGCCAUUCCAGAGUGUGGUCCCUUGUAAUGCCAUACUUGCAGCAUAUGCCCAAAGUGGGCAUCUUAUGAGAGCGAAAGCACUGUUUGAUUCGAUGGCUUUACACAACCCGGCAUCUUGGAGUGCGAUGCUGUCAGCAUAUUCCAUUCACGGGCAUAUAGAUGACUCAAAAUCUUUGUUCAUGGACAUGCAGCAGAGGAAUCUUGCCUCCUGGAGUGGAAUGCUACAAGCUUAUGCCGGCAAGGGACAUCUGGAAGAUGCCAAGUGUACUUUCGAUGCCAUGCCUCAGCACAGCCUUGGCUCCUGGACGUCAAUGCUGGGCGCGUAUGCCCAAGGAGGAUAUGUUCUCGAGGCCAAACAGCUGUUCGAUAAGAUGCCAUUGAAAGAUUCCCUUGCCUGGCAUGUUUUGCUGAGUGGAUAUGCCCAGAACGGGCAUGUGGAGCUCGCACGACAAAUGUUUGAUUCUAUCCCCGACCAAAACCUGGUUACAUGGAGUGCUCUUUUGGCAUCGUAUGCGCACAAUGGACACUCCAAGAAAGCUUUGGAAAUAUUUGCCAUUAUCAAAGCCGUGGAAGCUCCAAACGAGAUUUGCUUUGUUUCGGUGCUCAUUGCUUGCAGCCAUGCCGGAAAGAUGCCCCUGGGAAGGUCUUAUUUUUUCUCAAUGAUCGUGGAUUUUAACCUGAAACCCACGAAACAACACUACACUUGCAUGGUGGAUUUGCUGAGUCGAGCUGGGCAUCUGGCUGAUACUGAAGAGCUUAUUGCGACAAUGCCCUUUGUUCCUGAUGGGUUGGAGUGGACUUGCUUGAUUAGAGCUUGUAAGUUAGAGGUCAACCUUGCCAGGGCUGCGAAAUCUGUAAUAGAACCUGAUGAGAAAGAUGGUUCAAGAUACAUUUUACUUGCAAAUGCUUUUACGGGCGAUCAAAAGCUUGAUCAAAAGCAAAAUUCUUUAAAUUAA